AGCAGCAGUUGCCUCAGAGGGCCGGGCUUUGCUUUACCGCCGCAGGCCACGGGGAGGAGCCGGCUGGGGAGCCUCGCCUCCUUCCUUUGCGUCAGAGGCCUCGGCCCUGAGCGGAGGAAGUGUUGGCUGGGCUGGCCCGGGCCGCUGGCCAGGUCGGUAUCCCUUGGCGGGCCCGCACGUGAAGCAAGGCGAGGCCUGGAAGCCUGGCGGGAGGCCCCGAGCCAGCAACAAAGGAACACCCCGCUGGACGCCCACAGGUGAAGGCCUCGCUCUCCGCGCACGCCCCUGAGAGAAUAAGAUGGCUUUAUUGACUCAGCGAAUGUCCAGGUGCUGUCCUUUGCUUAAAAAAUGCAAUAUUGUGACCAGUACAGAACAACUGAGAAAACAAUCUAUCAAAAUAUGGACAUCUUCUCUAAAGCAACCAGGUUUACUGACUUCAAUUCAUUUCAGACGCUCAUGUCAACCAUUGUCAAAGAACUCUAGAUCUUUACUUUUUGAUAACCUCAUACAGUUCUGCAGUUCAAGUACUGAAUUGAACCGGAGUCCAGAAAAUAAUUCACUUUCUCUGGUUAAUAAACCAGAAACUGAAAUAAAAUCUAGUUCAGAUAAUGAAGCUUUGUAUGAAGAUAGGGAUGGUGCACUUUCACUCGCCUUGGAGGAGAUUUCAGAGGACGAAGCUCUUCAAAUCAUAGCUGAGCCACCACUUCCUCUUGAAUCUUUCACACUUCAAGAUUAUAUUGAUCAUUCAGAAACACUGCGCAAGCUAGUGCUUCUAGGGGUUGAUUUGUCCAAAGUGGAAAAACGUCCAAGUGCAGCUCAACUUCUUCUAAGGUUGGACUUUGAAAAAGAUGUUAAAAAGGUGCUCCUGUUCCUUAAGGAUGUUGGUGUGGAAGAUAAGAAGCUUGGAGCAUUUAUUACUAAAAAUCCUUAUAUUCUCAGAGAAGAUCUGGAAAAUCUAGAGACCAGGGUGGCUUAUCUGACAUCAAAAAAAUUCAGCAAGGAAGAAAUUGCACGAAUGGUCUCAGGGGCUCCAUAUUUACUCCUCUUUAAUGUGGAAAGAUUGGAUAAUAGGCUGGGUUUCUUCCAAAAAGAACUUGGAUUAAAUGUGCAAAAGACUCGAGAUUUAGUAACUCGUCUUCCAAAAUUGCUGACUGGCAGUCUUGAACCUAUUAAGGAAAAUCUGAAGGUGUACGAGCUUGAACUUGGUUUUAGUCAAAAUGAAAUUCGGCACAUUGUACACAGAGUCCCCAAGGCUUUAAGUGUUCACAAAAGGAAGCUAACAGAAACAUUUGAUUACUUGCACAAUGUAAUGGGCAUUCCCCACAGCAUCAUAGUUCAUUUUCCUCAGGUUUUUAAUUCAAAGCAACUUCGGAUCAAAGAAAGACACAUGUUUCUUAAAUUUCUGGGGAGAGCACAAUAUGAUCCAAAGCAGCCUAGCUAUAUCUCCUUGGAAAAACUAGUAUCCUUGCCUGAUGAUAUAUUUUGCACAGAAGUUGCCAAAGCAACAGUACAAGAUUUCCAUAAAUUCCAAAAAACAUUGUGAAGUUAACAUAUGUAAAAACAAAAAGACUUUGUUAUAAAAUAAACAUGAUUGCAAUAUU